AUUGAUCGUGCACACAACAGCAAGAUUAGAAGUUUCCUCUGCCAGGAGCUUCAGAAGGAGAGCAAUAACCACUCUAAGUCAACAAUUAAGCGUAAGUUGCAUAACUACUAUUUUGCUUUUGUUGAAGAUGCUACAGGCCCCCUUCUGGCUAGUUAUUACACAAUAGAGAUUGAGUAAGUAAGCUAAUCAGAUUGGAGAAUUUGUGAUAGUUUGCUAGAUGGUUUAAACUGAAAGAGUGCAGAGCAAUAUUUUGUUGAAUGUUUUACCGUCUCUCUAAGAUAACUUUAUUUAUAAAGGGGGUAGAAAAAUCUUGUUGAUACAGUUCAAUCAUCUAACUUAUUCUUAAUACACGUGCACUAUUUUAUAGGUGCUGUAACAAGAUAUUAUGAAACAAAGAGGCAGCAAUUUCUUGAUAGUUUGCCACACAGAAAAGAUGCAGCAGAGAAGCGUGUUUUAGAAAGAAAACUAACAUCAAGAAGAAGAAGAAUAAGCAUAAGUUGUUUUUGUUUGUUCACGUCCCUUUUAAACAAUGUUGUGAUCACAAAAUGUCUGGGCCAGGUUGUUUAGAGCUCAAAAAGCAAAUUCAGUUUACCGCUUGUCCAUUUUUCCUACACAUGACUUUUUUAGGAUUGAAUGCUCUUAAAAUUAAAAGGAAAAUUAUCUGAUAAAAUGUUUUUGAUCAAAGAAAAAAAAAGAAACAGGGGUUCAAAUUUAAUGAACAAUUCUUGCAAGGACCACUUGGACAAACAGCGCGAGAGAAAGCUGGAUCUUGUCCAAGAUCAGGAUCAGCAAUAUAAAAUAUCACUUAGAAUUGGAGGCAAGCUAAAAGGCUGAUCGGACAGCUAAGGGUUACAAAUUUAAUUGCCCAAUAUUUCGACUAGCCCCUGAUGAAGACUAGUUUUGUCUAGUCGAAAUAUUGGGCAAAUAAAUUUGUAACCUUAGCUGGUCCAAUAAGCCUUGCCUUCAAGUUUAAGUGUUAAACUUUAAAAGCUCAGGGCCCAGUUGUUCGAAGGCCGAUAAGCGCUCAACCCAGCUAGGGUUAAAUUUAACCCCGCUUUCUUUUUCUUUGUUCAAAAACAUUCUCUCGGUUAAUUUUCUCUGUAAUUCUUUAGAGUAUCCAGUCAUUAACCUGUUGACAGAAAGAAUAAAACUGCAUUUACUUUUUAAGCUUUCAAAUCUGAAUUCAAAUUUUGCACUAACCCUGGGUUAUCUUAACCCAGCUUUGAACAACCCGGCCUUGGUUAGUACCAAUCAGCCUUUAAACUACAGGACCCUGAUGACACCACACCCCAGUUGCCUAUCCUUUCUCAAUCAUUUAGUCAUUUGAAGGAAUUUGUUUUCUACCCCUAUGAUGGUUACAUUGACUGAGUUAGGGACUUUUAGGGACUUGACUGAGUUUAGGACUUUUACCUGUAAAGAGGAAAACUUAAGGACAAUGUUUUCUUCAUUUCAGUGUUAGUCACUUCUGUCCGUUUAAUAUCAGUGAGAGUAUAGUAGCGCUUGAUUUAAAAAAAAACCAAAACUUGUUAACUGCAUUGACAAAGUAAUUUUACCACUGUGAGGAAAUGCACUGUACAACUCUCGUUAUAAUGGAUGAUUUACCUCACUGGCUCAGUUAAUGACCCAGUGGAACAUUGCAGUUUCUUAAACCCUUUUAAUAUUGGUUAAAAAAACGUAUGGCAGAGGUUGUCUGCAUUUUGACACAACAGACACAGUCUUGAACUCCUGUAUGAACCUUUCACAAGAAUAAUGUAUGAUUUGAGGUAUCAUUAUUAUGUUUUUCUUAUUAUUAUCAUCAUUAUUAUUUAAAAAAAGGGGUACUAAAACAGUUCUUACACAGGUGCACCACGUUAGCUACUAUUUCAGGUAUAUCACUUAUAAUUAUUGCUCACUUUUUUGCAAUGAUUGUGUUUUGCAGCUUUUUGUGAAAAGGAUGAUGGUGGCAACAGAUGCAGAAAAAGAGGUCCUCCACACCCUAGACGCCAACUUCAUGAGCGAUGAGGAAGAUGGAGAGGAUGAACAGUCAGGGUUAUGGAUAGUGAGGUCUCCACCUUGGCGUAGUAGAAGGCUUACGUCCCUAAUUAACUCUCUCCAACAGAGAGUCGAAGCAAAGUCGACCUCUUCGCAUCCAAGCAACCCCAGGGUCCAGGGAGAGCCUUCUGCUCGCCAACCGCCCUCAAGUUCACCUACAUAG